AAGGAGAAGAUUGAGGCUAUCUGAAACUUGAUUAAUGAGCAAUCCACAGUUUGCAAUAAAGUGUCAACAUCCAAGCAUGAAUCACUGAGGAAUGCAUGAGGUGAAGCGAGUGGAGAUGUGCAGACCAUAUUUUUUAUCGGAAAACUGUGACGAAGAUAUUUUUGUUCGUGCUUCGUUGGGAAAGAAAAUAUUUCAUUGUUUUUUUCUUUGUUUGGUGCAACAAGAGCUGGAGAACAAUUUAUCGCCCUCUUAUUUGAUUCUGAAAUCGAUCUACAAUGGCUUGGACGAAUUAUCAGAAACUCUUGGCCCUGCUGAUGGUUGUCACAGGGUCAUUCAAUACUCUCUCAGUCAAAUAUGCAGAUAAACAAAUUGUUCCUGGUAAGGAUGGACAGCCAAGACAUUUUAAUCACCCCUUUAUGCAGUCUUCCUUUAUGUUUCUGGGUGAAAUGUUGUGUUUGUUGACGUUCAAGAUUGCUUAUCUCUAUUACAAGCGGAAAAAUGAUAACUCAAUAGAGACAAGUGCCCUCACAAAAGGCAACAAAAACUUCAAUCCCUUCAUACUCCUGAUUCCGGCGGCUUGUGACAUGAUUGGAACCUCCAUAAUGUACGUUGGCCUGAAUUUAACGUACGCCAGCAGCUUUCAGAUGCUCAGGGGCUCAGUCAUUGUGUUCACUGGAUUCUUGUCAAUGGGAUUUUUGGGUAGAAGAUUGGGGGGAAGAGAGUGGAGCGGCAUUGGAUUGGUUAUUGUGGGAUUGGCACUUGUGGGAAUGAGUGAUCUUUUAAUGAACGACGAAAGCUCUGGGGGAAUGAACUCUAUUCUCACCGGGGAUUUAUUGAUUAUUUGUGCACAAGUGAUAACGUCAGUUCAAAUGGUCGUGGAGGAGAAAUUCGUGGCUGGUCAGGAUAUCCCACCCCUCCAAGCUGUCGGAUGGGAGGGAAUAUUCGGCUUCAUUGGAAUAUGUUUAGCUAUGAUUCCACUGAAUUAUAUUCACGCAUAUCCACCAUUUGCUGAUAACUCUCAGGGCACUUUGGAAGCGCCCAUCGACGCUUUCAUUCAGAUAGGGAACAGUGGAAGAUUACUUAUGGCUAUCGUCGGAAUUACAUUGAGCAUUGCAUUUUUCAAUUUCGCUGGAAUCAGUGUGACGAAAGAGAUGAGUGCAACAACGAGAAUGAUACUUGACAGUGUCAGAACUAUCGUUAUUUGGGGAUUCUCUCUCGUGUUUCGAUGGCAGAAAUUCCAUUACCUCCAGCUAAUUGGCUUCUCAGUUCUCCUCAUCGGUAUGGGUUCCUACAACAACGUAGUGGUGCCCCAAUUAUGCAGAAAAAUUCUCUGUAAAUUCGGACGUCACCAGCCCCCUCAGCUGCCGACUCGCGACAGAGCCCAAAUAAUAAACGCAGUGGACGAGUCAGUCUCCGAGGAGCAUCGAUAAUCCCACUCGUCAGACCUUCCCGAAUGGAGUCCUUAUACCUAAGAAAUACGAAAAAAUUCUGUGAUGCAGAAUUUUCUUGGCUCGAAAGCUCAGGAAUGAAGACAAUCGAGAAAGAAAUUCCCACUGGGAAGAGUAUUUUUUUUUU